AUGGCGGACGACGGCAGCGCGACGGGCGGCGCCGAAGCCGGGCAGGCCGGGGAGCCCGAGCCAGCCACGGCGCGCCCGCUCCACCCGCGCUCCUUCAAGCUACGCUUCGCGUCGCAGCGCGAGCAGGGCCGCUCUUAUGUGUCCCUCGUCAGGCCUCUCGGCCUUCCCGCCACGGUGACGGGCAAGUUCUACGUGAGCGAGCAGGCCAACAGCGUGGACGAGGAGGCCACGCGGCGCGCCCUGCAGCGCAUACAGCGCAUGUUCGGCCACGGGCCCACCGACAAGUACGACGCGCCCGUUACCAGCUCGCACGUGGUGGGAUGGUACGCGACAGAGACGGGGGCGGAGGCCGGCGCGGGGGCGCGGGCCGACCGGCGCCUGCAACACCACAUCCGCGACUCUGCCUGGCUGAAGGCGCGUCUGUGUGUGCUCGCUGCAGACGACAAGCUCAAACAGCGAUACUAACCAUCUACAUCUAUGAAUUUACUGAGUGCCAUGUAGAGCCAAUAUACAUGUUUGAAAUAUUCAAGACAAUUUUCCUCUUUAGGUUUUACAAUAAAAAUUGAGAUUUGGUAUUUGCAUCACAUUAUCUUUUGGAAUGAGUGCAAUUAUACCAGUUUGUUGUUAAUGGUAUGUCGAAACCAUAAUUUCAA